CGUCUCCACGCGAGCAUGGGAACUCUGAUCUAUACCUCUAUUUUUUUCCUUACAUUGAGGUCUACGGCUCGUCGGGGACCAGGGAGGCGGGGGCGCCUCGGGGCCACGGGAGGAACCAUGCCGAGCGGUCGGCAGCGCCCGGGGGCGGCGGCGGCUCCCGCGGAGGAGACCGGCAGAAGCCAGUGGGUGGUCAUUGCACCAGGAUCUGUUACCGAUCUCCCAAAGAAGCCAGAUUCUGGACCUUUAUUUACACAACUGCGUAAUCCAAGUACAGGACAGGCAGCCCUUUAUUUGUUUAGCAGUGAUGCUCAUCAGUUAUUUGAAUUGAAAGCUUUUCAUGAAGAAUACCGGUCAUGGUUCAUAGGACAAGCUGUUCAACACGAUGGACGCCUCUUCUUUGCUACACCUGUGGAUCCCUUAUUUCUUGUGCUGUUCUACCUUAACAAAGCAGAGAAAGAGCAGGGAAAGUUUCAGCCCCUGGAUCAGAUUUUGGUAGAUGAAGAGUUUUCUUCCUGUGUAAUGUUGCUACAAUGCAGAAGCAUUUCACAGUCGAUUCACCACAUAGCAGAUGAAAAAGAAAUAUGUGGCAAGAAAUUUUAUAAGUAUAGUGAGGAGAAAACACUGAAGUGGCUGAAGAAGAAGGUCAAUCAGACUGUGAAAGUAUUAAAAGAGCAUGAUGUAUGUGUGGGUGGAAGGGUGCACUCUGCUACGUUCAUCAGUGGCAAGGAGGUCCCUGAUGCCACAGAAGAGGACUAUAUCCGUUUUGCUCACGGCUUACUAUCAGAAUAUUUUCCUGAAGAGCUGAGUACUGCUCUAGCCAAAUAUCUGUGCCUACCACCAGUUACACCUCCUUCAUCAGAGCCAGCAUCAAAGAUGUCAGUACGUCACCAGAGGAAGAGAUGAAAGGCAUAAAAUGAAAUUCGGAUGCCAUGUUUUAAUAUGGAAUGUUCCUAAAACCAUUCAAAAGAAAUGUAACUUGUACUGUAAGAAUCAGUUAUCCAGGUGAGAUAGGAUGGGGAGGAAGAUCAUCUUUCCCUUCUAUUAUAUGGCAGGAAUCUUUGGCUUUAAACUACUAGACUUUUGGUCUGCUACACAUUUUCCUCUUUUUCUAUUGAAAUUCUUGAGUCCUCUAUUUCACCUACUUGCUUCUGCUUGAUGCUGGCAAACCAUUAUGGAUAAUGCUGAUUAAUCUCUCCUGUGUAAUUUUUUAACAAAGCAACAAAGACUCUUGUGGCACCUUAAACAUGACCAGACCAUUUGGUAGAAGUAUUCAUAGACGGUAACCAACUCCAUCAAAAGCAUUUGAUGAAGUGGGCUGAAGUCUGUGUAUAUUUAUACCAAAUGAAACAUUUUUGUCUUUCAGAUACCAAAAGACUGUUGGUUAUUUUUGCUGCAACAGAUAAACAAGUUACUUACCCUUGGAGAAAGAGAGAGAGAUUAAGCGUAGGAAUUGCAUUUGUGGUAGGAAAAGCAGAAGGAUCAUACAUGCCCAAAUAAACCUGACCAUGUGGUGAUAUUUUCAGAGAUAAGGCAACUAGAGAAGGAACCUUUUUAGUGGUGGCCCCUCUGGCUGUGGAAUAUUCUCUACAGAUACUUUUGUGCCUUCUAUAGAAGGUGGCCUUGGAAGGACUGGACCACCAGGACAGAUGAGCGGCGAGCAGGAGGUGAGGGA